AUGAGAGCGCUCCAUCUUCUCCUCCUCCAGCUGCUCAGCUGCUGCCCCCGAGGCUGGGUGGUCUCCACCCCAGGCCUCCGGCCACCACCCCUGCUGGUCACCUGCUGGGGCCCUCAUGGACAAGUCUCUCAACGGCAGGACAACGAGAGCUGGGUCUCAUGCCUGUGGAACAGCACCAUGACCCUGCGUUACCAGCCAGCCCCAGGAGCGAGCCCGGAGGCGGAGAGGAAAGAGGGGCGGCCAGCCCUCCCACCACACUGCUUCUGGUACCUGAACUCGGCCCGGGUGAAGAAGACAAGACGCUGGUCAGGCCAGGUGAUGCUGCAGACAGGCCUCCUCCUGGGACACGCUCCUCCACCCCUGGCCUCCAGCCUCCUUACAGUGCAAUGCUCAUCUGCUUCAUGUGCUGCACCCGAGUGCCUCCACCAGAACCUGAGCGUCGAGAUGUCUGGGCAGGAUAUGCGGCUCUUCGUGCUUUGGCCGCAGACGCACCUGAUCCGCGUGUGGCAGCCAGUACAUCUGGGCUGGUGUGCGCGCUUCAAGAGUGCCAGCUGGCAGUACCGCUUCAGCAGCCAGGGAGGCAGCCCCUCUACCCUCCUCCUUCCCAGCAGCCAGCACCAAGACACGCCACCGCCUGCUGUCUACCCAACGGUUGAGUUGCAACAAACCUGUGCCGCCUACUACAGCUACAGCUUGACCGUGCGGUACAGCCAUCACGGGCUCCACGUUGCUUCAGUCAGCAUUGAGCAGAUGCCUCAGAUAAGCCUCAGCCUCUCUCUCAAGGUAGAGCCGGACGUGCUGCACAUCCUCAGCAUCAGCUCCAAGCUCCUUAAUGUUCCUCAACAGCCCCUCAGCCUCUCCUGGAGGCUUCAGCCCCUUAUGCCAAGGACACUGGCCUACAAACUGGUAGACACGCAGGCUAUGGGAGGCUGGCUCUGUUCCUACAGUUCCAUUACUCUGCAGAGCAACUUCUGUACUGUUCCCACACCUCAGAGCCCAGGUGAGGUGGUGGUGGCCAGCAUUUAUUUUCAUGUUGAUGGAAAGAGGUUUGAGGAACUGACAGGAGAACUACAUCUACUCAAUGGUACCCUGAGCCUAACAGCAGGCGGAGAAACUCCCACAUAUGUCAACCUUCACCCGGGAAAGACUGACAGGAGCACUUACAUUUUCAGGUACAAACAUGGAACGUUUUACACAACCAAAGAAAACAACAGCCCUAUUUCCACAGAUAGCCCUAACACGCGCACUGUAUUCUACCAACACAAGGAACUCUCCUACAUACUCUCCAUAGAGUUUGUGGCCUACCAGUGGUACAAGUUCAAUAUGUACCUUUAUAUGAAUCAGGAGAGGGCUUUGUUUAGGUCUCUGGCAGAAAGAGACCUUGAAGUCCAUGUUUUCAGCAGUGGCUGUCCUUUUCUGCAGAGCUUUACUUAUGGAGUGUGGUUUAUCCCUGCACAACAUCCAAUGCUACAAUGUGAGUGGACCUUCCAUCUGCAGCUUUUUGCAACACAAAAGGAUCACCUUCUUCAGAACAGCAUGUACACGUACAACAACCAUGUAAGAAACGCCACACGUGUUGUCCGUCGCUCUGCUUUACCCUUCGAUCCAGAGAAAUACACGGGGAUUGUGGCAAAGGUGAACUGUACCAGAAGGGCGCUUAGAGCGGCUCUUUUAGGAGUCAGAGUCAAAAACUAUGCUGUAAAAACCAUAGAAGUACCAGUGUCAAGCCAGAAAGCACCCUGUUUCCUACGCCAAGUGCUCAUUCAGAGACCUGUUCUUCAUUCCGGUAUCCUGCGCCAGAAAAGGGCGUUACCUUUUUUCCUCUACGUCAGAUUGCUAUCAGUCUGCAACGUUGGUGUAUUUACCAAGCCCUUGUGGCGAAUCUAUCAUGUUCAGGACACAACAACUCCUCCAGACUGGGAUAGACCAAUGGACUCUUCUUCAUUACAUGGUGUAGAUUCAAUACUCUUAACUGUUCCUGGUUUUACUUUUGAGUACGGGUUGUAUCUGUUUAAUUUCACUGUUGAAGUAAUACCAGUUGGUACCAAAAUUGUCCUCAGGGGCACAGAUAGUAUUUAUAUUUCAAUUGAGCCUGCUGAUCUAGUGGCACAUAUUGCAGGAGGCUCGUUCCGUAGAGUGGGUUUUUCUGAUAAUUGGAGUCUUGAUGGCUCUGCAUCCUAUGAUCCCGAUUCACAGGACGGACUAACAGGAAUCACAUUUACUUGGUAUUGCACUAAAGCGUUGUCAGAUUAUAAAAAAAUGACACUCAGCCCAGGAAAGAAAUGCCAUCCAGCCCAGAGGGAUCUGAAAUGGUUAACACCCUCAGGUCCAGUUCAAGUAAUGCCACCGGAACCCCUCCGAGGAAACGCUGUGUACUACUUCCGUCUGGUGAUUCAAAAGGAUAAAAGGAGGAGUAGUGCUGACCAAACUAUACAAGUGCAGCCUGGCUCCCCACCCCUUCUGGAUGUGGUAUGCCUUGAAAACUGUGGUAACACUCUAAUUCCAACAGAGAGAUUUACCUUGUCUGGAAAAUGCCUAAACUGUAGAUUAAGCAGCCGGACAGCCUACUACUGGUCCCUUUUUUCAGGAAACGCUACAGAAAUUAGCUUUGACUGGUCUUCCAAAACCUCAACAGGGAGAUCUGGGCCUUACCUGUCUAUACAUGCUCUGACUUUUACAAAGACUGCACGUCGAUCCUACAUACUUAUGUUAAAAGUGACUACCUGGGAUGGUAGGUCCUCAAUCUACAGACAUGCAUUUAAGGUAAAUUCUGUUCCUAAGGCUGGCAGAUGUAGCAUCAGCCCACACUGGGGUACAGCCUUUCUGACAAAAUUUGUUGUUCAAUGCAGUGGAUUUUCUGACAGCAAUUUACCUCUGACAUAUAAAGUGAUAGUAGCUUCCACAAUACCCCAAACUACCAAAAUAACUUCUGUGAUGAAAAAUACAUUUGGCCCAGUUCUGUACUUUGGUUAUCAGCCUAAAACUCCUCCAUCUUUUCUCCCAGUUGGAGUGCCCUCCCAGAAGUACGCCUUGACACUUUACGUUCAAGUACACAAUUCCCUUGGGGUGUUUACCCAAGUGACUUUAAAUGUCCAUGUAAAGGACCCAAUGACCAGACAACCACUAGCUCUUGUGUUUCACCAACUGCUGGAAUCAGUGACCGGUUCAAGUGCACCAAUGACAUCUUAUCUCCAGACUGGGGAUUAUUUUAGCGCAGGUUAUUUGGCUUAUCUGACAGCCUCAGUCUUAAACUAUAUUAAAGCUAAACCAACUCUCCAGUUCCCUAAGGUUUCCUUACGGGAAAGGCUGAUUAAUACAGCCCUGAAUAUUUCAGUUGACAAUGCAGUGGAAAUCAACCAAGUAGUUGCUUCUCUUUCUCAAGCCACAGAGGAAGCAGAUGAAAUGAGCAUUAAAUCACAACAACUUGCCAUUAAGAAACUGAGAGAAGUAAUAAGAAUGCUGAAGAUACAGAGGAAUGAGACCCAUUGGUCUGAGGAAGUAGAAAUUCAGACCACUGGAAUACUAAAAUGCUUGUUCAACAUCCUGAGAGCUGCUCUUCUGCCUCGCAGGAAUGUCAAUGUAAGUGGAGUUAAACAAGUCUUCUCCAUCAUGGACUAUAUAACGGAGAUAGUUUUCCAGGGCAAAGUCCCUGGAGAAAUAGAAACUCUAAUGGAAACAAAGCUUUGGAAUAUCACUCUGAGGAAAGAUGAAACCUGGAACAUUUCAAAUGCUUUCUCUUCCAGAAAUACCUGCAGGAAUUGCUUUUAUCCGUCGCUAGAAAAGGGGAUGUAUUCAGAAUCGCGCCAGGAUGCUGUGAUUUCCACUGCCCUUUUUGAGUUUGAUGAGAACCCCUUCCCUUGGUUAGGUUACACACCAGAAAUCACAGCGGUCUUGGGUUUCAAAAUGGCAGAGACGAGGGCUAAUGGGGAUCUAGUAGGGAUCAUGCCUGAAGGAGUACAAAUUACUAUUGCUAGGAAAGAAAAGGAUAUUACAGCUUUUUGGUUAGCAAUAGGACCUGAUAAAACAGAAUCUUACACAACUGGAGGAUUUAGUCUUGAAGUCAACAGAAAUGCCAAGAGCAUAUACAUCCAGAUCCUGACAAAAUUAAAAGUUACGUUCAAGGUGCUAGUAUUUUCAGGUACCACUGUAACUGAUGCUCAUCCCAUAGCUUCAUUUGCUGCCUUUCACAACAAGCCAACAGUUGCAAUCAAAAAUGAGGCAGCUAGUGCUGACUGUAACAUUAAGAGUCCCUAUAUUAUUUGUCUCCCAGAGUCAUUGCUGACAGCCACAGCUCAAGAAAACUAUACAGACACUCGUAACGUCUCCAUUGUCUUGCUGGCACCCUACUUUGUCAGGUAUCAAACCCGGAGACUGGUGAAUAUACACAUUUUUAGCGAUCGGUGCUUAUUCAUGGAUGGGGUUCAAAGUCCAUGGAGAGAAGACAUGUGCAGGCUUGGCUCCCUGACUGACUGGCAGAAGGUACACUGUGUCUGCAAGCUGAAGCGGAGACACACAAGGCUGUCGGCUCAGGCUCUAUCAAAUUCAUCCAUGUUCAACAUCAGGUUCCUGGCAGCCAAAGUAAUAAUUACCCCCAACACAGUAGACCUGGGACAAACCCUGAUAGCAGAAAUACCUAAAAACCCAGUGACCCUCUUAACAGUGCUAUUUAUUUUUGGUGUCUACGUUCUUUUAGCCCUCUGGGCCAUUAGAAAAGACAGGGCUGACAAGGGCAGCAAAGACAAGAUUAUAGUUCUGCCAGACAACGACCCCUUUGAUAAAGUGAGCUAUUUGGUCACUUUAUACACGGGCGGUCGCUGGGGAGCUGGAACUAAAGCAGAUGUCUUUCUUCAGCUCAUCGGAGAGAAUGGCAAAAGUGAUGUCCAUUGUUUACGGCACCCGGAUUUUGUGUCUUUCCAACCAAGAAGCACCGAUUGCUUUCUCUUAACUACCAAGAAAGACUUGGGAGACAUUUGUUCCUUCAGGGUCUGGCACAAUAACAAGGGCUCAUUUCCAAGCUGGUUCUUAAGCAGAGCCAAAGUUGAGAAUAUGUCCACCAGGAAGACCUGGUUCUUUAUGUGCAGGAAAUGGCUUUCUCUUGACAAGGGUGAUCACUUACUAGACAGGACAUUUUCCGUCACAAACCCCAAGACACCUCUGUCCAGAACUGACUAUUUUUUGAUUAAACUUUCCAACAGCCUGGCAGAGGGCCAUCUGUGGCUUUCGGUUUUUUCUCACUUUCUCACUGGCUCUUUCACCAGGCUCCAAAGGUUGUCUUCAUGUUUAGCAAUAUUAUUAUUAAACUUGCUUGUUAACAUUAUGUUCUUUAACACUGACAAGAAUGAAGAAUCUCCAAUACACUUGAGGUAUCUGAGAUCAGUAACAGUAGGAAUCGAAUGUGCUUUGCUUACCAUACCUGUGGAAAUGAUUAUAAUUGCCUUAUUCAAGUAUUCCCAGAAGGAAUCUUCUCCUCGGGGUGUGGCUCAGACAGACCCAAAGGGACUUUCCCAAAGCUGGAGCAAUUGCACAGUUUCUGAAAGGGAUGCAAAUGUAAUUGAAACAGAGGAGCACACGAUAACUGCAAAUUCCCCUCCAAUGGCGAAGGCCUACCAGAGCAGGCCAACACCGAAUACCAAUUUUAGUAAUGAUUACGCAGGAGGGGGCAAUUUUCAAAAAGAAAGGAGACCACCAAGCAUUACCUCCACGGCCGUUCACAAGAGGCCACCCAUAGUUCUUUGUCGGUGGUGCAUCUAUCUCUCAUGGGCGCUAGUUAUAGCUGUCACUGGGAUAUCAUCAUUUUUCAUCGUGGUAUAUGGUUUGUCUUAUGGUUAUCAGACUUCACUGGAGUGGCUUAUAGCAUCUGCAACGUCCUUUAUUGAGAACGUCUUUUUCCUUUCAAUUCUAAAAAUCAGUUUUUUCUCAGCUAUGAGUACAAUUCGUCCAAAAUGCUGUGAAAACAUUGCAUGGUCAACUCGGAGAAAGUAUUCUGAGAUUCAGUUGACUAAAGAAACGAUGAGUGCGGAUAAAAUGAGAGAGAUGCACUUGAAACUUGCUGAAAUCAGAAGUACCAAGCAGUAUAAGCCUUUAGAAGCUGAUGAAAUUGCAAACAUGCAGAAAAGGGCAAGAAUUGAAGCCAAGGCAUUUACUUUCACAAGAGGUUUCAUCAGUCACCUUGUCUUUUUAAUACUGCUAUUAAUUCUUGCCGGUUCCACUGAGAACACCAACAUUUUCCACUACAACCGAUUCAUCCAUAACCAAUUCUCUCCCCAGCUCUCCAGUGUAGAUAAGCUAGAAAAUAUCUACGUGUGGCUGAAAGACUUGUUCUUGCCUUUGAUCCACAAUGACAUUCAGCCAACCUUUCUUCCUGAGAGCUGGUCCAAAAUCAUUGGUUUGCCUAGGAUGAGGCAAGUGCGGGCUAAAAGCACUGAGAAAAAAUGUUUCCGUCCUCACAGCUUUGUAAAUAACUUAGUGAUCAGUAAAAGCCACUGUCUUCACAAAUAUGGCACCGACAUCCCAGAGAAAGGUGACUAUGCUGGCACCUGGACACGGGUGACCAACCAGUCUGUUCCCAAUGAUGCCAGCAGUUACAGUGGGUUCACUUACCAGCGAAACAGGACUCCAUGGACGUAUUAUUCAUACGGAGAUUUGCACACGUAUGGACCAGCAGGAUACACAUUUUACUUUUUCCCUAAUGAAGGAAAAACUAAUUCUACGACAAGGCUGGAUGCUCUACAACAGAGCAACUGGCUGGAUGAUAAGACAUGGGCUGUGAUCAUUGAACUAACUACAUUUAACUCAGAUGCGAAUCUCUUUUGCACCAUCUCAGUCAUAUUUGAAAUGUCUAAUUUAGGGAUCAUAAGACCAAGUUUGUCAGUACACUCUUUUGCACUCCCCAUUUUUUAUGAGCAAACUAAAGCUCAAAAGUUGGUGUUUGGAAUUGUUCUUGCUUUUCUGAUAAUUUACAUUGCAUAUGAGAUUCAUACCAUAGGCCAAGAAAGAAAAGAUUAUAUUAAAAACAUUUCCAAUGUAAUAAAUUUGGGCUUAAAAUCAGCACUCUUCCUUUUCGUUGCUUUAAAGUUCACAAAGUUUAAGAUGGGAGAAGAUACAGUGACGUUUUACUUAGAUCACCCAAAUGAUUUCAUUUCUUUUCAUGCAGUUUCUCAUAUCGAUCAGAUUUUAAGGAUUACUAUGGGCUUUUUAGCAUUUCUUGCAGUUUUGAAAACUCUAAAAUAUUCUCAAUUCAUUUAUGACGUGCGCCUGGCACAAAGAUCGAUUUUGGCAGCCCUUCCCGGGAUCUCUUCAAUAGCCAUCGUUGUCGUGGCCUAUUUCUUUGUGUUUAUGGCUUUUGGCUACUUUGUGUUUGGGCAGCAUGAAUGGAAUUACAGUAGCAUGAUUCACGCAGCUCAGACCAUAUUCUCUUACUGCGUCUCAGCUUUCAGAGAUACUGCAUUUUCAUCCAACAGGUUUCUGGGUGGUCUUUUCCUGGCCUCUUUCAUGAUGGUGAUGAUGUGCGUCCUGAUCAAUCUCUUCCAAGCUGUUAUUAUGUCUGCCUAUGCAGAUAUGAAAACACCUGUGUAUGAAGAACCAUCUGACGAGGCACAAGCGGCUACUUUCAUAUUGCAAAGGCUCAGAAAGAUAUUUUAUUUUCUGAUCUGUAAAAAAUCCAAAACCAGCGAGGCUGAUCUUUUUCACAGUGUACUCUAUGGGCAUCCUCAGAGAAGACGUCAGCAACAUUUAGGGCUCAAGAACAGAAAAAUAAAUGGAAAAAAGAUGGUUUAUCUUGUCAUAUAAGGAAGGAAAGAUUUUAUAUCCAAGACCAC